GCACAUCUGCUCUCCACACUCCAAAAACAAAUUUACUCUCUCCAUUUCUCCAUUCGAAUAACUGAAGAUCAAUCGCAAUGGGAUUAGGGUUACUCGCUUCUCGAGCCCUACGAUCUUCUAGAAUCAUUCGAAACUCUACCCGCACCAUCGUCUCCACGCCGGAGCUCAAAAACGCCGAUGCUGCCGCCGCCGCAGCAGCAGCUGCGGACGCACCAUCAGAUCUUCCGAAGAGAAACCCAGUUGGUGGUGCUCGAGUUCAUUUACCCAAUCCGGAUGAUGUUAUUGAGGUUUUCGUUGAUGGGUACCCGGUCAAAAUCCCUAAGGGUAUGACUGUGCUUCAGGCUUGUGAAAUUGCCGGAGUUGACAUUCCGAGAUUCUGUUAUCAUAGCCGACUUUCUAUUGCUGGAAAUUGCAGAAUGUGUCUUGUGGAGGUUGAGAAAUCUCCUAAGCCUGUUGCUUCUUGUGCCAUGCCUGCACUUCCAGGAAUGAAGAUCAAGACAGAUACACCUAUUGCCAAAAAGGCUCGUGAAGGAGUUAUGGAGUUCUUGCUUAUGAAUCAUCCACUUGAUUGCCCAAUUUGUGAUCAGGGAGGAGAAUGUGAUCUCCAGGAUCAAUCUAUGGCCUUUGGAUCCGACCGCGGGCGUUUCACUGAAAUGAAGAGAUCUGUGGUUGACAAGAAUUUGGGUCCAUUGGUGAAGACUGUGAUGACCCGGUGCAUCCAGUGUACAAGGUGUGUCAGGUUUGCAUCAGAAGUAGCUGGAGUGGAGGACCUUGGAAUGUUGGGUCGUGGUAGUGGAGAAGAAAUUGGAACUUAUGUUGAAAAGCUUAUGACAAGUGAGCUUUCAGGGAACGUGAUUGAUAUAUGUCCAGUAGGAGCCCUUACAUCAAAACCUUUUGCCUUCAAAGCCAGAAAUUGGGAGCUAAAGGGCACCGAAAGCAUUGAUGUGACUGAUGCUGUUGGUUCUAACAUCCGAAUUGAUAGUAGAGGUCCGGAGGUCAUGCGUGUUGUACCACGAUUAAAUGAGGACAUCAAUGAAGAAUGGAUAUCAGACAAAACACGAUUCUUUUAUGAUGGUCUGAAGAGGCAAAGGCUCAAUGACCCCAUGAUCCGUGGUGCUGAUGGACGAUUUCAGGCAGUGAGCUGGCGGGAUGCCCUAGCUAUUGUUGCUGAAGUCAUGCAUCAAAUUAAGCCAGAGGAAAUUGUUGGUGUUGCAGGAAAACUGUCUGACGCAGAAUCCAUGAUGGCACUGAAAGAUCUUUUGAACAAAAUGGGGUCAAACAACAUCUUUUGUGAAGGAAAUGGCAUGAGUCCAAAUGCUGACCUUCGUUCUGGAUAUAUUAUGAAUACCAGCAUUAGUGGCUUGGAGAAAGCAGAUGCUUUCCUCUUGGUUGGAACCCAGCCAAGAGUGGAAGCUGCUAUGGUGAACGCCAGAAUCCGCAAAACAGUUAAAGCUACAAAUGCUAAGGUAGGUUAUGUUGGGCCUGCUGCUGAUUUCAACUAUGAUCAUGAACAUCUUGGAACAGACCCUCAAACACUAGUUGAAAUUGCCAAGGGAAGCCAUCCAUUUUCCUCAGCUCUCAAAAAUGCUAAGAACCCAGUGAUCAUCGUCGGUGCUGGUGUGUUUGAUCGAGAUGAUAAGGAUGCUGUCUUUGCUGCCGUUGACACAAUUGCAAAGAACAAUAAUGUCGUGAGACCUGAUUGGAAUGGACUAAAUGUUUUGCUUCUGAAUGCUGCCCAAGCUGCCGCUCUUGAUCUUGGACUUGUGCCUGAAUCUGAUAAAUGCAUUGAGUCUGCAAAGUUUGUAUAUUUGAUGGGUGCUGAUGAUGUGAACUUGGACAAACUUCCAGAUGAUGCCUUUGUGGUUUACCAAGGUCACCAUGGUGAUCGCGGUGUGUAUCGUGCAAAUGUCAUUUUGCCAGCAUCUGCUUUCACAGAGAAAGAAGGAAUAUAUGAAAACACAGAAGGAUGCGCUCAGAUCACAAUGCCAGCAGUUCCCACUGUUGGCGACGCCAGGGAUGAUUGGAAGAUAGUAAGAGCGCUGUCUGAAGUGGCAGGUGUCGCAUUACCCUAUGAUAGUCUAGGUGCAAUCCGAUCUCGAAUUAAGACAGUAGCACCAAAUCUCCUAGAAGUGGAUGAGAGACAACCAGCCACAUUCUCAACUUCUUUGAGACCUGAAGUCAGCCAAAAAGUAAGUGCAACUCCAUUCACACCUGCCGUGGAGAAUUUCUACAUGACUGAUGCAAUUACUAGGGCAUCAAAGAUUAUGGCUCAGUGUAGUGCCUUGCUAAAGAAAUGAGCAUCGGGUAUCGGUACCUGUAAUAAGUUUCUUCCAUUCACUUUUUCCUGCCAGUGUUAUCAGUUUUAAAGUUGAUGGGUUUUUUUUGUAUUGAGAUCAAAAGAAGAGAGCAGAGAAGACUGUAAAUUGAUGUGCCACAGUGAAUGUCCUCAUAAAUGGCACCAACAACUUGGAUCUCUAGUUUGUACUUUUUUCUGUAAUUUAAUCAAGCAGGUUUGCUGUGAUUGUUGAGUUUUCCACACUAAGGUUGGACAAAACUGAAAUUCAUUCUCAGCACAAAUAUAUGAAACUGGAGAAACUCUUUUCUAA